UUAGCUGAUGAGCUAGCACACUGCUAAUCACAACUGCGUCCUUAUGAUAAUAUGUUAUAAAAACUUAAUGGCGUUAUUCAGAAUAUCUAUUGAAUCGGAUACUGACAUGACGUUAAAACCCUGACGACUGAAAAUAAAACAUCUGUCCGAAGAGGCAGGGAUCAGUCUGAUGAGGGGGCUCCUACAGCUGGCACGAUGCAGCAGAAGAGGAACAUCCAGAUCAUUGAAUGGGAGGACCUGGACAAGAGGAAGUUCUACUCCUUCGGGGUGUUCAUGACCAUGACCAUCCGGGCCACCGUCUACCCGGCGACACUCAUCCGCACUCGGCUCCAGGUCCAGAGGGGCAAAUCGCUCUACAGUGGCACCUUCGAUGCCUUCUUCAAGAUCCUGCGGACGGAGGGCGUACGAGGCCUGUAUCGCGGCUUCAUGGUCAACACCUUCACCCUCAUCUCAGGCCAGGCUUACAUUACCACCUACGAGCUGGUGAGGAAGUACGUCUCCCAGUAUUCUGACGACAACACGGUCAAGUCGCUGGUGGCCGGCGGCUCAGCCUCACUGGUCGCCCAGAGCAUCACUGUCCCAAUAGAUGUGGUUUCUCAGCAGCUGAUGAUGCAGGGCCAAGGGGAGUACCUGAGCCGCUUUCGGCUCGCUUCAAGCACAGAGACUGGAAAAUCCAAAAAAAUGUUUGGCCAAACGAGGAACAUUAUGACUCAGAUAUUUGCUGCUGAUGGUUUCCGGGGCUUCUACAGGGGAUAUGUGGCUUCCUUACUCACCUACAUCCCAAACAGCGCUGUCUGGUGGCCUUUCUAUCACUUUUAUGCUGAGCAGCUCUCCAAACUGGCUCCCAGUGACUGCCCUCAUCUGAUUCUACAAGCCAUGGCUGGGCCGCUUGCUGCUGCUACUGCCUCUACUGUCACCAACCCGAUGGAUGUUGUCAGAGCCAGAGUGCAGGUUGAAGGAAGGACUUCAGUCACCGAGACGUUCAGGCAGCUGAUCAAAGAGGAGGGCUUCUGGGGAUUGACCAAAGGGCUGUCGGCACGCAUCAUUUCAUCCACACCCACCGCCAUCGUCAUGGUCGUCGGCUACGAAACGCUAAAAAAAAUGAGUUUGCGGCCCGAGCUGGUGGAUUCGAGACACUGGUAGAAGCUACCUGGACAUUCUUCAACAUGGAUGUGCCAUUUAAGCUCUCAGCCCCCUAAUUAGAGCAGCGUGAGAUUGGAAAGUGGCAGGUGGUACGCCUCUCUUGCUCUUUUAACACGUGCUUGACUCUUGAGUGGUAUGUUACUGUCAGUUUUUGGUAUGCUGGUAAAGAGUUGGUGACGAGUGGUGUAUGGGAGUGACUGUUUUCAUGUACCGGUCAAACAGCAGAAAUAUACCACUUAAGAUCAGCAUAUGACACUAAAAAAAAAAAAGGCACACUACGGGUAUAGCAGGUGGACGGUGGUAUCUAGAAUGGGAGCGGUGUAUCAUCAGCCACUUUCAAACUCGGUAUCACUCCUAACUUUGACUUCAUUUGGAGGCACCGGCCUGGGGAUCAAAAAUGCAGUCAGGCACUUUUAAAAGACAAACCCGAUGUUUAAAUAUGCAUCUGACUAUCUGUACUAACCCAUUAGUCAUUGUUUAAACAUCUGGCUUAAACAGUCACACCACACCCAUGUUUGCAGUUCGUUUAAGUCGCUGCUAAACAGGAUUAUUGCUUCGUAGUGCAAUUAGAAGGGGCCAGUACAGUGUUUUUUUUUUUUAACAGUGGAAGAAAUUAACAAAUCAUUGCAGCUUUAUACGAUUUUAUUUUCUUAACUUGAAAAAAAAAUGAACCUGUGCUCUACAAUCUGCAUCUUUUGCGGUGGAUGAGAGUGGAUUGGUCUCUGAGAGAGAAGCUGUCAUUAUCCUGCUGUAGUGGUAUUGGCCUGAUAGCUGCUAGUUGUCAUGUGUGUUUGUGCCGUCUUUCCAAAAAAAAAAACCAAACAGUGCUGGGCCCACAUCUCAAACCUGGUUUUGACACAGACACAUUAUAUAACUUCAUGGUAACGCAUUUAGAUAACCUAUAAACAAAUCUUUCCUGUUUGUUCCCUCGCUCUCACCAAAACUGGCUUCUAACAUCUGUUCAUUGUUGGCCUUUUUUUUAAAAAAAUCGCUGCCUUCAUAGUGUGAAUUCAUUACGAGCAUUCUGCUUUUUAUUUAGUUUUAUCUGCUGGAUAUUGUUGCGAGAAGAACAGUAUGUGUUAGACUUAGUGCAAUGCAGUCUGUGUGUAGUAGGUUUCUUCUUGAUUUACAGAUGUUGUGUACGCCUCAGUCCAAAAUUAACGACUUGACAAAUUCCAUUCAAACAAGUUAUCUGCAUAAACACAUAGUGCAACAAAAAAAAAAGCAUAAAUAUAACAUAGUGGUAUGUUUUCCUACUGUCAGUGUAGAAAAUAUUGCAGUUAAACAUCUGGUUAACAAAUGGCUGAUUCAGUUGUACAGUUAACUACCAGGAAGUAGAGCAUCAUGUAUGUGAAAUUGAAAGUUUUCCUUAUAUUGUGACACUAAAUGUUGAGUGCAAUAACUUAAAUGUUUGAUCCUUUCUCUGCACAAAAAUGUGACGAUACAUUACUUGUAAAAUUGUGUGAAUAACAUGUCUUCAAAGAAUGUACUAUACCUAAUUUAUUCUGUUGCUUUUUUGGGGGGAGUUUUUCUUUUAAGAUUAUGAGAUUAUGACCACAGAAGUGUCACAAACGUCACAUUUUAAAGUUUUUUUUUUCUCUCUGACUGAAGAUCAAUAACUUUUUGAUUAGAUGGGCUCAUGUUGUUUAUUGCUUUUGUAUGGUUAUUGUUGUUGUUUUAAAUGAUGUUUUUGGUCACUUUGUAGAACUGAUUGCAUUUUUAAAAAAACUGAAUAAUGUUAUAUUUCACUUUGUCACUGCAGCUGUUUUCAUUAAAAAAGGAAGCAGCUGUUUCAGGUAGUUUUGAAGGCAAACAUCAACAAAGCCAUAAACACCCUGAAUUUUCCAGUAAUUAUAUUUAAAUUUGUAAAAUGACUCAUCAAGAAGUGUCAUUAACAUUUAAGUGAUACCCACUAAACUUUGGUAUUCAGGCUGUCGUGCAUUGACAGUCUUUUUUAAAAGGCACAUUUCACUAAACUUGCACCCUGGGGAGAGAAAGGUAAUGAAUUAAGGUUGACUACUGUCUGGAGUUUUUAUUUUCUUUGCGCAGCUCACAGUAAUGAGUGAGAUUAUGUUGUCAGGAAGCUGUGGCAGCGAUCCACAGAGAGUAGUCCCCUCAACGUAAAUCAGAAGUCAGCCGUCAUGUAUAGAGUACACCCGGUUUUACAUCAUGUUUUAUGUGUUGUCUCUGUGUUUUGGUUCAACUGAGUCGGCCA